AUGGAUAGGUCAGCCAACUCGUCCACCGGCAGCUUGACUGCCGGCCGUCCACGCAAUAUGCUGCCCGAAACUUCCCAACUGUCCUUCUCCUCCGCCGCUGGAGGUGAAGACAGCCAACCAUCAAAACGAUCCUCCGCCAGUACUUCCUUGAGCCAAUCGCCCGUGGCUUCUCGGGACGUCUCCCCCACCCGCUCGCGCAUCAAGGCGUCCACAUCGGCGGCCCGUUCAGCUUCGGCGACGGCAGCGUCCAGGUCCAGGAGAAACAGCCAACAAGAAACAAGUCCGGCUCGCACCCCACGAUCCGUCAAAUCCAUUCUACCACCCGGCUCCAACACAAUCUCUGCCGCGACAACGCCAACGCUGUUACCGGCGUCGUCAGAUCUAAACGCGAGAUCUGCAGGUCCACAGAAGACGUCAAUCAUCACAGAACAAUCAUAUCCACGAGACAGCCCUCGUUGGCCAGUCUCCCCCCGCCUGCGCUCACCUCCCCCGCAGCUCCACAGACCCAGCGUCUCUACAACACGCCGCAUCGACACCGAUCCUCCCAGAAUCAGCGUUCAGCGUGCAACCCCUUCCCCGCAACCUGCGGCCCCGACGAUGGACGGUGCGUCGAACAUGCCAGACAGUGACACAGACGAUUCGCAGUCUGGGCUACGAACGCCCGCCAUCGGCAACAGCUCGACGCUAGAGACCGUUCAGGAAGUGAGCCAGCCGAACUCGCCUGGUUGUAUCAAUGCCGCCUUGGAACAGGUCAACGAAAAGUUGUCGGGCGAGGGCACUGUCGAAUACCCUACCAUCAGGGCUGCCCGGUCAGCUGUACCUGUUUCGGAGAUGGCCAACGACCACGGUACCAUUCGGGCUGAUUCCAGGCGAUCCCAGAGCUCUGCCCCUCCUCCGUCGCUCGCACGCCAACCUAGCACUGUUUCCAUGUCAGCCAAGCAGCCAAAGACGAAGGUCGCCGGUGAGGGUUCGGGUCAAUCCAUGACCGUGGAGACCGAGACGGUAUCGUCGAUCCCCCAGGUAGCACUGGCCCCGAACUCCAAGAUGGAGAGCAGCAGCGGUACUCUCAAGGCGAAGGCCAGCACGGAAACCAUCAAGCCCAAGAAGGACAAGAAGAAGGUCAGCCGCAAGCAACCGGCCGUGACCACAGCCAUUGGUGAGACACAACAUCUUCUACCGAGUCCCCAUCCCAGACACUGCCACCAGUACUCGACGUCAACAGUGCCGGCGUCGUAUGGCGCUGUCCUGACCCCCACAAGCAGCCGUGAUCGAGGCCUGCGGGGCGAGGGCAACCACAGUUCGCGACUGUCCACUGCGCCCAACGCGCGAACACCCAGCGCGGGACUGUAUCACAUGAGCAACUUGCUGACCAAAUCUCGUUCAGGAUCCUCCAAGGCCGACAUUUUUGAAGCCAAGGUGGCCAGCGCGGUUGACGAGGCAGACUCGUCAGACUCUGAAGAGACCUUUGUCUAUGAUUCUAAUCCUCCAGAUGCCGGUGACAGGCCUCGCCGCUAUCACUCGCGCACACCGAGCGCCACGUCGAUGGCCAGCCAGGCCGACCGGAACGCCAUGCGCUCGAUUCAUUCAAUCUUGGAGAACGGUGGUGGCCCGCCCCCCGUCAUCAUGAAGAAGGGCAUGAAAUUCGUCAAUUCCUUUGCCGGUAGCGGUGGCGAGAACCUGACCGCGGGCGAAGACGAUGGCAAGGGUAGCGGACGAAGCGCCGGCCCGGGCUCAGGCCGAGGGACUGCGCGACAUCACCACCACAACCUUACACACAUUGGUCGAUGGGGCCGAAACCCAGGCAAUACGCACACCUCGUUGUUCGACAACGACUCGCCCUUCCCGAACGCAGCGCGGUCCAAGUUCUCCGGGGUCCAGUCUCGGCAGUCAUCGGGUCCGCCGAGCCCUCGAUUCCUCAACCAUUCGCGAGGUCCUUCCGGUAACGGGAAGAGGCCCUUGGUCUCGGGGCCGUCGUAUGACUUGGACGAUCCCACUACAGGUGCCGACGAUGAGAGGACACCACUCUUGUCGCCGUCUAUGCGCUCCGCGCGAGGCCGAAGCCGACGCACCCCCGCGAGUCUACGACACCUCGAAUCGCAGUCAUAUCGACAGCAGCCUUCGUAUCUGAACCGUUUUGCUGCGUGCCUGGUCAUCACCAUGAUGCUUUUGCUAGUCAUCACCGGCGCGAUCGGCUUCAUGUUCGCAACGUCACAGCCCUUGAUGGACAUAGAGCUCGUAUCCAUCAAGAAUGUGGUGGCUAGCGACCCGGAGCUGAUGUUCGACUUGACGGUCAGAGCACAUAACCCAAAUAUUGUCGUCGUGUCAGUCGACCAAGCAAACAUCGAGGUCUUUGCCAAGUCGCCCCACGCAGGCUCCGACAGCGACUGGUGGAAGUGGCCUCAUGGCCCUGAAAUGGGGGAUGGCACCGACUCUGACAUUCACGUCAAGGACGACCCCCCCGACGACCUGCCUGACGACGCACCAAACAUGCGCCUCGGUACAAUUACCGAGUUCGAUAGCCCUCUGUCAUUCGAGGGCUCGUUCUUCAACAAAGGCAUGUCUUCCUCCACAGGCGAAAUGCGGCUCAGCCUACCCGGCAACCAUUCCGCAGGCGGCUCCGAACGCUGGAGCCGCAUUAUCCAAGACGAGUUUGAUCUUGUGAUCAAGGGCGUUGUUCGCUAUAGCCUUCCCCUUAGCCAACGUGUGAGGAGCGCGCCGAUUUCCGGUCGAGCUACCGUCAAGCCCAACUCGGCCAACGAUCCCUCUUUCAACUCGACGCUGCCAGUUGACGGAGAUGUUCCAGCCUGA